ACCGUCCGACUUUAAUUCCAAACCACUUCCCCCAGACACCUUUAUGCAGACAGAAUGGCGGAUUGUGCGUCACCGGACGCCCAUCCGCUCGCCUUCUCCCCAUCACCUACCGAUCCCCGACCUCGAAGAACUAAAUCGGCACCUAAGCCGCAAACCCGAGCGCAGCUACAGCCCCGAAUACCGCGGCUCCUCUACCCCCGAAGUCUAUCCCUCCGACUACCUUUUGCAAAUCCUCAAACCCUUGGAGUACUACAAGGCCAAAGCGAUCUAGGAAACCCACCGAGUCCGUCUUCUCGAUCCGUCGACGGAUCAUCGCAGGUCCAUCAACUCGGUUGAGUACUGGCGUACUGAAUACAAUCACAUGAUUAAGGAAUUCUUCAAUAUCUCCCAGCGGCAAAAUCAAGAGAGGUGGGACAAAGCACAAAUGAUGAACAGUGAAGAAGCGGGAAAAUCGACUGCAGAGUGCCCACAGGGUGCUCUCUCCGCGGUGACCAGGAACAAGGACGAGAACAAGAAAGAGAAUAGGAAGACAGAGAGCGCCGGAGACGGACCUGUCUCCUGUAGACUACGGAGUCGUGCUCAUCGUAUUGAUGGGGCGAGCCAGUCGUGGAGCACUGCUGCUGCACCUCGGGGGAUAUCCAAGACGAAGAGCAAGGCAAAGAGCCAGACAAAGAGCCAACAAACGGCAACACAAAGAGCAACACAAAGAGCACGACCCGGAACAACAUGCCGAACGGGUAGCAAGGGAUUCCACACUAUUAUCGACAAGAAAGACAGACCCGGUUGUGAGAAUCUUGCAAGACAGUCGUCACGUGAACAGUCUCCUUCGGCCAGGGCACCGUCAUCAGUGAUCCAGGAUUCCAGGCAAUGAUCAAGGAAUCAGCCGUGACUCCUGGAUUGGACAGGUCUUUCUUUCAGCCAAUCAGACUGAUGCCAAGAAGUGCGACAAGUGUGACACCUGCACGUCAAGCUCGAAUUCUGUUGUUGGGUCACCAAGAUUCUCAGCAUUGCUGGAUCAGGAAGGUCUCUUGCCUGAUCAGUCUGCAACGAGAUCGAACUCCGGUGUCCCCGCUGCCGAGAUCCGGCCCAUCCCCCCUCCCUCCGCCCAACCCUAACACCACCUCCUGGGAAUGUAACGUAAUUCGGCGUUACACUCUUUGGGGAGGGGGAAACGGCCGGCAUUUACGACAAGAUGGAAAGUUCCACGAGCAUCUCGUCACGCCGCACCACAGGCGCGUUUGUCGCUCGCGUACACAGUGGAGUGAUGUCGCUUGCUGCAAAGAAACAUGCUCGGAUGUGUACUGUCCAUUAUGUUUAUCAGAAGCUUAUCUCUGCCUCAUAUAGGCAUCUUGGGCUCGGGCGAUACGAAGAGGCAAUUUAUGCAGUAGGGUUCGCGGUGCGAUGUGCUGUAGGCGUCCAGUGGGAGGUUUGCACUCGGUACCCGCCUAGGCCUCCAGGUAUCAUGCAAGAAAACUGCCUAGUGCGGUCAGUAUUUGGGAUGGCAGAUCCUGUCUCCAUGGCGGGAUCGGUACUAUAUAAAUAUUGCCUAAAAG